AUGGCUUCUCGAAUUUCCAUACCUAACUUGCUGACGCCCGAUCUGGCCAUGCAGACAGUCCCGGCGGAGGUUGACGUUCGUUCUGGAAAUCCGUCUAGACCACAAACCCCGCCACAGGAAGACACGUCGUUGUCAACAAACGGCAUAUACCAUCAACAAGACGUCGAGUCGUGCUCCGAGGCGGCGAUGCGCACUACAGAGGUUCACUCGUUACUACCGCCUGCAAAGCUGACUUCAUCUGGGAACCCCACUUUGAAGGAUGUGUUCUCGGUGCAUAUGCUGCAACCGUCGACAAUAACGUCUGCAAGUAUGGCUCUUCAGCAACAGAUGUUCGAUGGUUAUGGCAGUCUAGGGCUCCCUGGCUACUCGCUUCAGAUGGUACCUCCCUGUUGUUGCGAUUCAUCCAUCAAUUUCUUGCUUCUUACAUCCUUAUGCGAUCAGCAGCUCCUCGAUAGUCCCAGUCUGGGCAACUAUGAGCCGGCCUUUCUCCACCCCACCUACAACUCCUAUUAUGGGUGGCAUCCUGGUUAUGCAAGUGGGAUGUGCAAGCCACUGGAAAACGGCGCUUCGAAUGGCUAUUUCAUGGAGAGCCCGUACCCCGAGGCCUACUUGACUGGUGCAAGCCUGAGCAGCGCUGUGUUUGUCGAUGAUACGCCGGUCGAACUGUUUCAACCGUGGACCUAUGGUCUCGACGCUCAGCCUGUCCAGCAACAGGACUUCGUGCUUGGUAACGGCGACAGUUGGAAUGUUAUUGGGGGGCAAAAUGGGUCUAUCACAGAUUCUGCACCAUCCUUUUCUGGCCGGAUAACCUCCUUAGACUCUUGA